UCUAGACAUCGGACAGAAGCUGAGAUGCUUUGGAGUUAGAAGCUGCUGUUUGGUGUGUCACCAUCAGAGAGACGUUUUUUUUUUUUUUUUUCAGAAGGACAAAGAGGUGGAGACUUAACUGCACUGCUCAUUACUCAAAUGAUUUGACCUGCAUUCACACUUGACUGCAUCACACCAAGUUUUGUCAGCGUCAUUGCAGAUUUCUCUUCUGUGAUGCAGUGACUCACACUAACCAUGAAUAAUGGAGCCAGCAUCAAAGUUGUAUCCCAAAGCCAGAGUGAUACAAGAGUCAGUUCAAGUUUCCCUUUACCUCAGACCAUGAUGCCUCUGCCAAAGAUGGAUUCCAAACAGUACAGCAGCCUCCCCAUUCCCACAGUGCAGUAUCAGCUCGCUUCCAGACGACAACUUGCAUAUUCUUCAUCAUCUGUUUCCUCAGAUCCUGCAGACGUGGUGAGAGGUAAAAUUUUAAAAGCUAACCUAAUGCAGCAAAGGAUUGGUAUGUAUUCUAACAGAGGCCCAGUCAGUACAGAGCGAAGCAAUGGAACAUGUUCAGCAUAUAGCAGCCCUCAGAUUGCAAAGAGAGACGUUCCACGUUCCAAAGACACAUUGGAUCUGCGAAACAGUGUUUUGACACACAAGGCUUUGAGAGACCUUCAGCUAAGGAGAAACACCAAUAAGAACUGGACUUUUGGAAAGAGUCGUUUAAGAAGUCUAGACAACGCACAAGAGGACGACACCUUAGUGAAGCCCUCAGCUGACCUUUAUCCAGUCCGAGAACGAGGACGUUUCCUUUAUACCAAAGGGACAAAUGGGAAUGAAAGAUCACGUCCUUCUUCCGCUGGACUGGAGCACCUCCAAAAAGAAGUGAGGAACAUCUCAAACCAGGACUUGGGAGGAUUUGUGGGAGAUUUUCUUGGUAAUAAACCAAAAGAUUUUUACCAGAAGUUUAACAUGAAACGAAGAGGGAGCGAGCCAGGAAAAAUCAACAUGGCUGCUGUUGCUCCAUUUAGGUUCAGGUUUCAGGUCAAUGAGGAUACAGAUGCUACACUUGAUGAUCUGAGUGACUGCUCCUCUGAUUCCAUGGAGGUCUGCUGUGAUGACUUAGUUGGAGUAAGCUCAAAUUCUAUUGCAAAGAAGAAAAUCCCAGUCCAUAUACCUGCAAGGCAUGGACGGACUUACUCCAAAUUCUUGCAGCUGUAAUUGCAGUGAAAUGGGCUUUUACUCGCAUUGCAGUUGUGUGAUGAAAACUCUAACACUUGAAAAUUCUUCUUAGAUGCUCAAGGUACUUUCCCCAUUCCUCUACUCAUCCCAAAGAAGUUUAUUAGACUAAGAAAACAAAUUUUACACACUCCACUGAGGUCAGCCAGUUGGUUAUGCAGAACAUGGUUUUUCCAUUUGUGUUUUAUUGCAUCCUGUAACACCCAAACUUUUACAAGGCUCACUGCUGACUGUUAAGCAUGGCUGUUUUUCUCUCAGUGUCUGCCUUCCAUGCUGGAUGUGCUGUCUGUUAUGUGCAUCAGGGUUUCCUAAAAUACUUCACUUCUUUAUGUACUUAGAAAUAAAAAGGAAGAAGGAAAAAAAAAGAUGGCACUUGUAAAUGGCAGAUUUCU